CACACACACAUACAUACUGUAGCGCGCGGCUCUGUAGAUCCAGGUCUUGCUCCGUGCAGCAGCGCGCGCCUCAGUGCAGAUUAUAAUCCCGCUGCAGAAUGGCUGAUCAACUCACAGAAGAGCAGAUUGCUGAGUUUAAGGAGGCGUUCUCGUUGUUCGAUAAAGACGGCGAUGGCACCAUCACCACUAAAGAGCUGGGCACGGUGAUGAGGUCACUAGGACAGAACCCCACGGAGGCGGAGCUUCAGGACAUGAUUAACGAGGUGGACGCAGACGGUAAUGGAACCAUCGACUUCCCCGAAUUUCUGACCAUGAUGGCCAGGAAAAUGAAGGACACAGACAGUGAGGAGGAAAUCCGCGAAGCUUUCCGAGUGUUCGACAAGGAUGGGAACGGUUACAUCAGUGCAGCAGAGCUUCGCCACGUCAUGACGAACCUGGGCGAGAAGCUCACGGACGAGGAAGUGGACGAGAUGAUCAGGGAAGCCGACGUCGAUGGAGACGGACAGGUCAACUAUGAAGAGUUUGUACAAAUGAUGACGGCAAAAUGAAGAGCUGCUGUUCUCCCGACAUCCUUAGACAAAAAAUUAAUCAAUCAAAUGUUUUACUAACUUCCUCCUG